AUGUCACGCUCGUUCCGACGCUCGAAUCCGAUCACCAUAAUCCUCGCGGGCAUCCUCUGCAUCGGCUUCUUCGUCUUCUUCUUCUCUGGGACCGAUGUGCCAUCCAUUACCAGAAAAGGAGGGGGAGAGGUAGCCUCGAACCCCCUCUCGCCACCCUCGCUACCGUUCCGCAAGUCCAAGGCGAAUGCUCCACAGGCCGCGCCGCCCGUCGUACAUUACUAUAUGAACAACGUGACCAACACGCGCACGCCAAUCGAAAACGAGGAGACGGUCCUGAUUCUCACCCCAUUGGCCAAGUUCUACCAAGAAUACUGGGACAACCUGCUCAAGCUCAACUACCCACACAACCUCAUCUCCCUGGGCUUCAUAAUACCAAAGACUAAGGAGGGCAAUGCCGCAUACGCAGCGCUACAGGCGCAAGUCACCAAGACACAAACUGGAUCCAAGAAGAAUCGCUUCUCCGCCAUUACCAUCCUCCGUCAGGACACCGAGUCCCCCCUCCAGUCGCAAACCGAAGCCGAGCGCCACAAGAUGGAGAACCAGAAGGCGCGACGUGCAGCCAUGGCCAAGGCGCGCAAUUCGCUCCUCUUCACAACGCUGGGUCCCACAACCUCAUGGGUCCUAUGGAUGGACGCAGACAUCGUCGAGACACCACCCACUCUGAUCCAGGAUCUGGCCGACUACGACGUGCCCAUCAUCGUUCCCAACUGCUUCCAGAGAUACUACAAUGAAGACAAGAAGAGCAUGGACAUCCGGGAAUACGACUUCAACAACUGGAUCGACAGCCCCACAGCCAAGGACCUUGCUGCUAAGAUGGGCAAGGACGACAUUCUGCUCGAAGGGUACGCCGAGAUGGCUACAUACCGUAGCCUCAUGGCUAAGAUGCACGACACAUCGGCGGACCCCAAGGCAAAGAUCAAGCUCGACGGAGUCGGCGGCGCUACUUUGCUCGUCAAGGCGGAGGUACACCGAGACGGCGCCAUGUUCCCACCGUUUGCCUUUUACAACCUCAUUGAGACGGAGGGUUUCGCCAAGAUGGCGAACCGACUGAACUGGGAAAGUUUCGGACUGCCAAACUAUCUUGUGUACCACUACAACGAGUAA